AUUUGAGAGAUGGAUAUGCAAGAAAGGUUUAAGCCGAGUUGUGCUACCUAACAUGGAUUCCAUCAUUUUUUCAAGUCAAAAACGGCAGUCGACUAACGAUCUACGUACCCUAUGAUUUAAAGGUUAGUUAAAGUGGUUGAGCUCCACAAAUCCACUUCAAAACUACCACCUUAUUCCCUCCAAAUCCAAUGGACAGAUCAGUUUAUAACAGACCUUCUCAUACCUAAAAUCCUCAAGCUACAGAAUGGCCUAUUUUCGCCUGAAUCCAGACAUACUUGCACUUGUGUUAAUUAUUUCCUCAUUCUUUCGGACAGAUGCACAGAUUAGCACACCUUGUACUAGUUCAAUGAUAACCACCUUCACCCCCUGCCUGAACUACGUAACAGGCAGCAGCGGCAGAGGGUCUUCGCCAACUGAAGACUGCUGCAAUUCCUUGAAAUCUCUCAUGAAUGACGGCAUGGACUGCGCGUGCCUCAUAGUAACCGGAAAUGUUCCUCUCUCAAUACCGUUUAUCAACAGAAACCUUGCGAUUUCACUCCCCCGAGUGUGCCAAACCUCCGUCCCAGUACAAUGCAAAGCCUCUGGUGAUCCCUUACCACCUCCUGGUCCCGUUGUGUUGGGGCCGACUCCAGCUCCUGCUCCUCGUAGUCAUAGUCCUAAAGAUUCUGAUCCGACAGCCGAUGCUGCACCACCACCAGCUGAAAUUUCGGACAUAGAACCGGCCACGCCGCCUGACUUUUCAUUAGGUCCGAGUGCAAAUCCGGGGAUCAGACCGGUGGUCAAUCCAAACUCAGCCUCAAAUCCAUCCACCUCCACUCUGUUGCCAUAUCUUGUAUUAAUUUUUGUAGGAAUUAUGACUUUCAAAUUCUUGUAAUAAAGAUGUUAGCUAUGUAACCGAUUGAAUUCGUUGCGUGUCGAAAUAUUCAAUUCUUGUAAUUUGUUAUUACUACGGCCUCAUUUACUUUGAAUUUAUUGAACCUCAUAUAUAUCCCAACUAACCAUACACAA